CAACGUUCUUUUAAAUUCGUGAAAUUCGAUUAACAUUCCCGUGAAACUUGCAAUCAAUUAUGAAUUUGUCAAAAACUAAACAGGCACCUACGUCUCAAAUUGAAGAAUUCAUUUUUCAGGAUUUUUUGCUUGCCAGAAGACAGAAUUGUCCCUCUGAAAAUGUCACUUCUGAUUUUGUGUUUGUUUUUGAAAAUGACUCUAAAACUGAUGCAACAUUUGUUAUGCAUACAAUGCUCAAUUCUUAUUUAAAGCAAGGUUUCAAUGUUUGCUUUGUUUCUUUGACCCAGUCAUUUGGUCAUUAUAAUUCAGUGUCACAGAAACUUGGUGUUGAUCUAAAAUCACUAAGGGAAUCAAAGCAGCUUGUGUUUGUAGAAGGUUUAAAACAUUUGGGAAAUAGCAUAAUAUCACAAAGUGACAAUGUUUCUAUCGCAGAGACAGAUGACUUUAGAAGUCUGAUUUAUAAUAACAGUUUGUGUGAAUUAUAUAAUAACUUGAUAACCUAUGUUGAUCAACUGGGCUCGGAGGGAAAGCCAGUGGCUGUGAUGAUUGAUGAUAUUUCUAUGUUGCUUAGUAUCGGAGUGUUAUCAAAGGACAUUGUUUCCCUUUGCCAUAGUCUCCAGUCUCAUCUCACUCAAAGAAAACUUGGACCUUUAAUCACUCUGUCUAAUAAUUAUGGUGAUGAUGAUGACUGUUUGUCUAUGGUCAAGUUUUUAAGACAUUUAUGUACAGUAUCAAUUCAGAUUUCUAGUUUACCAAGUGGUUAUUGUAAAGAUGUACAUGGACAGAUGAAAAUAUUGCGAAGAAAUCAGUUAGGUAGAAAUAAAGCGAUAGAGAGAACAGUACAGUUUAAAGUUAAUGAUAAAAAUGUGAAUUUAUUUGCUGUCGGUUUAUCUUUAGCUGUUUUAUGAUAUUUAUUAAUAAAUAAUGAAAAAUUAUAUAAUUUU